CCUUAUGCCAGCAACUCAUGGGGAGCUGCCUCCUCCUCCACUCCUGUUAAAACCAGGGCGCACUGGGUAUGCCGUUAUAUUAAGAUCAGCAUUGCCUCGCUAUAGCAUUUACUAUUAGUAUUAGAAAACAUAAAACUGUGUUCGACCUACAUUCAAGCGCAUCAACAUGGGGAAAGUGAACGCCUGCUUGACACGGAGUUACAGCAUAGUGAUAACUUUGAUUGCGAUACUGAGUGCUCUGAUGUUGGCGGCCACUCUGUUUACCCACGGACACAUCCACACAGAGAAGGAUGAGAUGGAAACGAUGUUGCCAAGCAUUCAGUUAAUGUACAGUCUCACCAUCAUAACUAUGAUGCUGACCAUCAUUGGUAUGUAUGGUGCUUGCAAAAAGAAGAAGUGGGCACUCAUAAUGUUUGCAAUCGGAAUGAUCCUCGGUACUCUGUUUUUUAUUGCAACUGAUAUUCAAGUACUGGUUCAUCGACCACAGAUGGCUGAAGAUCUGCAGAUGGAGUUCAUGCAUUCUAAUGGAAGUGACAUUCCUGAAGAAUUGAUUGAAAUACAGAAUAAUUAUCAGUGCUGUGGACUGGAACAGGGCUACUUGGAUUGGGGCUACAACAUCCCAGAAUCCUGCCUGUGCACGGAGGAGUCCACUAAUCCAUGUGUGGCAGCUCCCAGAAACAGCAGUCUGUUUGAGCACAUGAUCGAUGACCAGCCCAUCAUGAUUUAUGAAGAGUUAUCGUCAGUGGUGCUGUGUAUAUUCAUCUUGUGUCAGCUGAAUAAGAAGGACGACGUCCCGGUGGUGGUCUACAGUGCAGAGGCCAAAGCAGGCAACUACGCAGCCCUCACAGACGCAGCAGAGCACGCCUGACUGGAUGCAGUACAUGUUUACUCAAUGGGGAAACAUGUGGUCUGUGAAAAUGGUCAGAAACGGGACACACUGUGAGAAUAUUUUCUUUGUAAUAUGUGUGUGUGUAUAUAUAAAUAUAUAGUAUAAGCCUGAUAUUAAGUCUGAGACCUACACCCUUCUGGUAUUCAAGAGGUGUGGCAUCGUCAUUUUGCACAUUUGUUUGGCAAGCGGUGAAAUGAGUCGUAAUGUAAAAUAUGACAAUAGAGAAUGAGAUAGGUAAAAGAAAUGUGGUUUUAAUAAAAGCACUGAUUAAGAAGAUAACUACUACAGAAAUAUGUAUACUAUGAAUGUUUUAUAUCUUUAGCUUUAUUAAGCGUCUGUAUUUCAUGGUUGUGUGUAUUAUAGAAAGCUAGAAUCUUCUGUAUUCUGCCAAGCUUAUCACAUUUUGAUUAAAGAAGCUACUGGAGAACUUUAAAAAUUCUUUAAAACAUUGUGAUGUCCUUGGUACAUACUUGGAUAAGAGAAACGAAGACAGAUAGCCGAUGGCUUCUCGUCGAAACACGCGCUUUGUUUUUUUGGUCCUUGCCGCUACGAUGCACCCGAAAUACUGUUCAAGAUCUGGAGCAGUGCAGCUGCCACUUUCCAAUCCAUCUACAUGCAUUUUGAGGAUGUGAUACUUUCGGUACUAAUAAACUGUAUUUUCCAUAUUAUUGGUGCCAAAGAAGCAAAUGCAGUUCCACAGCCUCCUCUCACUUCCGUAUUGUCUGCAUACAAAAGGAGACUGUUAAGGAGUUUAUUCUUGUCCCUCUAGUUCCAAAUAUGUGUGACCUUACUGACAUUGACGACAUCCUGUAAUCAAUCUUAUGGACUAAAUGAAAAUCCACUGUAUCCAACAUUCCCCCCUCUGGUUGGCAAGCUUACAUCUCUGCGGUCAAGUUAUUUUCUCUUGCAUAAACUGAACAAUGGAAGAAUAAAAAAUUACAACAUU